AUGGCCAACGAAGGACGCAUUGCUACCCUCGAUUCGACGGUUGCCGACAGGCUCCCGGUUUAUUCCAAGCUGCUCUUCGACGGCAAGGCCGCCAAGGGUCUUAGCUUUGAGACAAUCGCAAAGCAUCUUGACAGGAGCGAGGUUGCUUGUGCGGCCCUGUUCUACGGCCAAGCCACAGCCUCACCUGAGGAUAUUGACCGCCUCUCGGAGCUGUUGGAAAUCUCCAAGGAGACGUUGACAACCCAGAUGACAGGGUUCCCUAACCGUGGCCAGGCUGGUCCCAUGCCCCCGGUUGAGCCUCUCAUCUACCGGCUAUAUGAGAUUGUGCAGAACUACGGAUACGCCUACAAGGCAAUCUUGAAUGAGAAGUUUGGCGACGGAAUCAUGAGUGCCAUCUGCUUCUCUACCACCGUGGAUAAGGAGGUGGAUGAAGCCGGCUCUCCGUGGGUGGUUAUCACACUGAAGGGCAAAUGGCAAGUCCUCUCCUCCUCCCAACGUCAAACUCACACUAACCGUCUCAGGCUCCCUUUCAGUCGUUUCUAA